AUGGAUAUAGAAAGUAAUUUCAACAAUUUUAACGACAAAUCUCAUCAAAUUCACCCAUCACUCGGUGAAGAAAUAUUAGAUGAAUCUUCAACACCCUUGCAACAUGAUUAUUUAAGUUUGCGCAACAAACCUGAAAAAAGACGCCCACAUAAAAAAGCGCACAAGAUAAGACCGCAGAUUAGUAGUGUUCACUCAAGAGAAUUAUUUACAGAACCCUAUCAGAGUUCAACAUCUCCACCAAAGGCUCCACAUAUUACAAACCGACGAAAACAAAAAAGAACACAUAAGAUCAAACACGAAAUUCAAACACUGCACUCAAAGCAACAUUUAAAUCAACCGGUGCCAGUGUCAACCUCAUCGCACAAGACGCCAUCAUCCCAAACAUCUCCGUCUAAAUCGUCAUCGAGUUCAGAUAAAUCGAAUUAUGGGUCGUCAUUUAAUCAGCCAGCUAUAAAGGCAACGAGAUCGUCAGAUCAAAUUCAAGAAAGGAAGCAACCAGGUGCGCCCAAACAAUCAGAGCAGCCUAGACAUUCUGAACAAAAAGAGACUUCUAGACAAAUAAAGCAAGCUGAACAACUAUCGAAGACUACAGAAAAUCCUGAGCAACGAAGAAAAACAGAAACACUCAAGCAAAGAAAGCAACCUGAAUAUCCAGAGGCAUCCAAGCAAUCAAAGAAACCUGAACAACAUUCAAAUGUGCCGCAAAAUACUGAUCGACCAUACUUAAAAAGAAAGACCCACAAAAUCAAACACGAGAUUCAAACAUUGCAUUCAAAGCAACAUUUAAAUCAAUAUUCAAGAACUCAGCCCGAGAGUUCAACGUUUCAUUUACCAAUGCAGUCCUACAAAACCUCGUCAUCCCAAGUGUCUGGGUCUAAAUCAUCUUCGAGUUCAAACAAAUCGUAUAAUGAGUUAUCAUCUAAUUCGUCUGCUACAAAGAAAACGAGUUUGCCAAGUCGAUCUCAACAACCAACGCCGCUAGAAGUACCCAAACAUCCAGAGCAGCCUAGACAUUCUGAACAAAAAGAGGCUUCUAAACAACCAAAGCGUUCAGAGCAAUUAUCACAGAUUCCGGAGCAUCCUAAGCAACAAAAACCAAUAGAGACACCUAAGCAAACAAAGCAACUUGAACAUGUCAAGGUAUUCAAAGAAUCCAACAAACCUGAACAACAACCAAAUGCGCCACAAAAUACAAAUCAACCAAAAAGAAGAACAUCCAAGAUCAAACCCGUAAUACAAACACUGCAUUCAAAACAACAUAAAAAUCAACAUUCUGCAACUCAGUCUGAAAGUUCAACGUCUAAAUUCCCAGUGAGAACCUCAAACGAGACAUCGUCAUCUCAAAUACCUCAGUCAAAAUUAUCUUCAAGUCCAGAAUCAUCCAAGAAACCAGAAAAUUCUGUAAUACAAUCACAGCCUAAACAAGCUGAACUACCGGAGACCCCCAAUCAACCAGAUCAAACUAAAGAACACCCACAAGUGCCAGAACAACGCAAGCAACUUGACCAGCCUGAUGAACCCAACAAAUCAGAGCAAUCUAAACAACCCCAAAUGCCAGAGAUACCUAAGCAACCAGAACUACCAGAGACACCCAAGCAACCAGGUGAAACUGAACAACAUUCACAAGUGCCAGAGCAACGCAAACAACCUGAUCAACCAGAUGAACUCAAGAAAUCAGAGCAAUCUAAACAUCUACAGGUGCCACAGAAGCCCAAGCAACGAGAACAACCAGAGUCCACCACGCAAUUAGAUCAAACUGUACCUCAUCCGCAACUGUCAGAGCAACGCAAGCAACCUGAACAACUAGACAAACCCAAAAAAUCGCAGCAAUCUGAACAACACCAGCUGCCGGAGCAACCUGAGCAAACCGAACUACCAGAGACACCCAAGCACCCAGAGCACACUGAACAACAUUCACAAGUGCCAGAGCAACUUAAGCAACCAGAGCACAUUGAACAACAACUACAAGUGACAAAUCAACCUAAGCAACCAGAACAACCAGCCGAACCCAACGUAACAGAACAAUCUGAACAACUUCAAGUGCAAAAGGCACCUAAACAAGAACAACCAGAAGCCCCCAAGCAACCAGAACAAUCUGGAAAUCAUCCACAAGAGCUAGAGCAACGCAAGCAACCUGAACAACUAGACAAAUUCUACAAAUCAGAUCAAUCUGACCAACCUCAGGUGCAAGAGCAAACUAAGCAACCAGAACAACAAGCCGAACCCAAUAUUUUAAUUCAAUCUGAGCAAUCACCAGAAAAUAAUCAAGGAGCCCAGUCAGAAAACCGAGAACUCACAAAUCCAGAAAAGCAUCAAUCACAGGAAUACCAACAGUCAGAGCAAUUAAAACAAACAAACAGACCACUACAACAAACUGCGCCACAAAAGCCAAACCAACUAGGCAACCAACAACAUCUUAGACAAAAAUCGGACUCUAAAGAUGGAAAGUCUGUAACUUAUAGCGACACAACAUCAGAGAACUCCCAGUCUCAGUCUUCAUCAUCAUCACCUUCAUCUGCCAAUUUAUCAACUCAACAAUCAGCGUUUGUUGCUUACCCCGAGAAACCAAGUGGACCGGGUGAUCCACAGAAACCUAGACAACAGAAUCCUCGCAUAACUGAAAGCUCUGAAGAAUCAAGAAAGGGUCGUUAUGACCUACAAAAAAUUAAACAAGUUGAAACCGCUCUAGAAGCCGAGGUAAAUUUGAAGACCCUAAUCAUCAGCAACGACUCCGGAAGUGGACGUUGUUAUUGCUCGUGUGACGUCAACAGUCGUCCACUCUUCGUUAGCGUAGAUCCGGAAAAACUGGGAUUCUAAUUUUUAAGAAAUCAACAUCAGAAGUCGUUCUUUAGUCGGUAGUUUUGACCGUUUAUGUCGGUAAACGGUCAAAGUAAUAAUUCGUUCAAUCUGGUGAAUUUAUAUCUAUAACAUACAAUCCGAUUUUUUUUUAUGGGACAGUAUGGGGAAAUCAUGGGAGAAAUGGAAAACAAUCUUUGGAACUAUAAGA